AGCCUAAAGCGUCCGACCUAAAUAAGCGGUUUGGUCUAGAACUAUCAACAUUAAGGAGUCAUAGCUCUUGAUCGUUUAAAAAASCUUGACAUCUUGAAGAAAUCCCGMUUGCAAACGGAGCCAUGAGUACUGCCUUGAAGCCAACAAGAUGAUACUUUCGCUACGAUUUUAUCUUUUACUUCUUUGUAUUUUUGAGAUCGUAUCUAUAAAUUCAGAUGAAAUUAAGGACAAUAAAGUCACCAUAACAUUGGUUGACAUGACAACAAAUACUUGGACCAGUAAAAACAAAGAAGCAAAUUUCACAAGUGCCAUAGCAACUGUUGCCAAUGACUACUGCUCCAGCAACUUUGACAAAUGUGGAUUAAAGUUCUGGAAUUCGACAAGGGGAUUCAAAGCGUCUSAUGUCAAGAUUUCUUCWGGCUWUCCCAAMCAAGACGGCCAAAAUGUCCAGGUAGAAUUUCAUGUUGAGCUACCCAGUGGAACRGACAUAAGAAAAAACCUCACYACUCUUCUCACAGCGUCAGCUAUAAGARCUAUUAUUGGCUUAAAAGAAAGCACUUUGAGUAGUUUAAUUGGAGUUGGGUUGAAGAUGAAAGAGAAUGGAACAUCGAAACCUAAAGUAGACAAUAAAAUGAAUUUCAUUAUGAUUCCUGUCAGUUUUUGUCUUCUUGUCGUUCUUAUUGUGCUGGCAUUUUGUCUUCAGUAUUGUCAUAAACGUAAGAUGGCCGAACUCAAAGCGGCCGAACGACGCCAAUAUUCCUCUCAAGGAAGACCUGCAAAUCCAAGUUCACAAAGUCCGUUCCUUGUCACAACUACUGGAAUUCCUCAGGCAGCCGUAAAACCACAAAGAAGAGACGAUCUACUAUCUACUCAAAUUCAUCAUGAAGACGAAACAAAAAAUUAUCACUCAAAAUCAAAACAAAGCGAUUCCGAAACAGAGGCGCAGUCUCCUCGCAGGAGAAAGAAGAAGCGUAAAAGCCAUAAAGACGACAAUAUAGGUAAAUCCAACAAUGGUCACGUUAAAAAAACCGACGAACUCGAUAUACACAAUCAAAAUAUCACAAAUGGAGAUGGAAGCGACCAGGAAAGGCCGACGGCAAAAGAACGGAGGAGCAAGAAGAAACGCAGCGAAAAGAGACAUUCACAAGAUGAAACUGGAUCUGAAAAAGACGUUGUUGCAAAAGAAGCAGCCCAAUUAGAUAAUAUAUCGUCCAAGCUUCCGUCUCCUAAACAUAUAGAUCAAAGGAGCCAAGGGUUUGAGAGCGACAGCAAUGAAGAAAGACAAACAACAAAAGAACGUAAAAGAAGAAAGAAACGGCACAGAGGGAAAGUCGAGUCUCCUGUUUCGCAGGAAAACGAUGAGUCAGAAGAAGAUACUACUGAGACUGCUGGGCCUGUUGGAACAGUUGAAUCUGACGAUAUACUAUCGAGACUUCCACCUCCCAGAAAACUACCACCAUUGAGAACGUAACACGACAAUGCAAUUGUUGAUCACAGUCACCCUACGAACGGAGUCUUGAAAAGUCUCUUUACAGCCUGCCCAAUGGGCUGGAGACUGGGGAGAGUCCAGCAAAGAG